UGUUGUUGUUAUUAUUCUUUUAAGAGCAGCAGCUGAAGAUGGUACCAAAAAGAUGAUAUUCGCUCAAAAGUUAUCACUACAAACAAAUAGAACUACCUUUAGUAUAAGGUCUUGUACCAGAAAGUUACGGAAAAUAUGAAAUAAUGUGGAUACCAAAACCGAACCGUAGCAAAUAUUUAAUAGCAUAGUGAAAACUAGAAAAAGCUAGAAGACCUAUAAUCUAAAUAAUUAAAAAAGAGCACAUAUAGCAGUGUUAGAAGAACAAAGCAGAAUUUAGAGGCAAAAAUGACAGUCACAUACACAGCGGAAGUAGCCACAUGCCGCGGUUUCGGCUGUUUCUUAAAGUUGUUGUUAAGGUGGCGUGGAAGCAUAUACAAAUUAGUUUGGUUAGAUCUCUUAGCGUUUCUUUUCCUUUACUAUUUACUCAACGUUUCUUAUAGAUUUUUUCUUAAUGACUCUCAAAAAGUUUUCUUCGAAUCCGUUGUGCAGUAUUGCUAUAAUUAUACAGAUCUGAUACCACUUUCUUUUGUGCUUGGUUUCUAUGUCUCGAUCGUUAUGACUAGAUGGUGGAAUCAAUACACUAGCAUACCUUGGCCAGAUCCAAUAGCUGUGUUCGUAAGCUCAAAUAUACAUGGCCAGGAUGAACGAGGUCGUGUUAUGCGACGUACAAUAAUGCGGUACGUUUGUCUCUGUUUAACAAUGGUGUUAAUAAAUAUAUCACCUCGGGUAAAGAAACGUUUCCCAAAAUUAAGUAAUCUAGUAGACUCGGGUCUGCUAGUAGAAAAUGAAAAAGAAAUUAUUGAAUCAAUGAAUAAAGCAUUUCCACGUCACUCCAAACAUUGGUUGCCAAUUGUAUGGGCUGCCAGUAUUAUAACAAGAGCACGGAAAGAAGGUCGUAUACGUGAUGAUUUCGCUGUAAAGACUAUAAUUGAUGAACUGAAUAAAUUUCGUGGUCAGUGUGGUUUACUAAUUUCGUAUGACACUAUAAGUGUACCACUUGUAUAUACGCAAGUCGUAACAUUGGCAGUAUAUUCAUAUUUCCUUUGUUGUGUCAUGGGUCAGCAAUGGAUUGAGGGCAAAGUAGCAGAUUCUAGUAAAUUCAUCAAUAAAAUUGAUUUGUAUUUCCCGGUAUUUACAACAUUGCAAUUUUUCUUCUAUAUGGGUUGGCUAAAAGUAGCAGAAUCUCUAAUAAAUCCAUUCGGAGAGGAUGAUGAUGAUUUUGAAGUUAAUUGGAUGGUAGAUAGAAAUUUACAAGUUUCAUAUCUGAUUGUAGACGAAAUGCAUCAUGAACAUCCAGAACUUAUAAAAGAUCAGUAUUGGGAUGAAGUAUUUCCAAAUGAGCUACCAUAUACAGUGGCCUCAGAACGCUUUAGGGAAGAACAUCCGGAGCCAUCUACAGCUAAAAUUGAAGUAACCAAGAAUGGCGCACUACCCACUGUAUUAUCCAGUGUGCGAGUUGAUGAAAUGGUUGGUAAAGAGGUACCCAAAGAUGGUAUCACAGAUACACAAACGCAAAUGCAGACUGUUAAUUACAAAUUCCCUGAAAAUGUUCAAGAAGAGGAGGCGGAUGAUGCUAGUGGUAUACAUUUCACUGCCGGUAACGGUAAAGUACGACCAGGUUCAUCGCCCAGUUUGGUCAGUAUAACUGGCACAUUAUCACGAGUUAACACGGUCGCUUCAGCACUCAAACGUUUCUUAAGUCGUGAUGAAAAUCGUACAGGUGCUGUAACACCAACAACUGAUGACACACAGAAAUAUCGAUUUCCUGGUAGUGCAAGCUCUGCUAGUUUGGUUCAAGCUAAUAAACCUCCUGGUAGCAUACGUAUAACAGAUCAAGUUAUUGAGGAAGUUGAUGAGCAAGCAACAAUUACUUCACAACGAAAUGCUGACACCAUACGUCCCAAUGUACGUGAUAUUUUUGGUCAAGCUUCGACUUCAGCACACAGUCAGCAACGUUCUGAGCCUAUGGAUAUACCACAGCCAAGACCAACGUCUUACAUGCGAACGCAAUCACAAUAUGAACCAACUUUAUUUCCACCAGGUGGUGUGGACGCUUUGUUAAGUACUUCAGCGCCUGUAGGAGAAAGUCCUCAUUUAGUACAAACUGAACCUAACUCACCUACUGGCGAGAGUACCAAGUCGCUAUUUAACCGUUCCAGUAAGGAUCGUGGUAGUCGUGAAACAGAGCGUACCGACGGUCCACAGACUUUUAAAUGGUAUAUAACCACGGUUGGAGAUAUGGAUGUUAAAUCUGUUAAUGAUAUAGUGUCGGCUGUCGAACAAGAUGAGGGUGAUGAUUUUGAAAAAUUGAAAGCUGCACGUGAAAAAGAACGUCUCGAAAGGCAAAAAUUAAAAUUGGCGCGUACUAUAAGUACGGCGCCAGGAGUGGAAGGUACAACAGUUGUUGCAGCAACUAUAAUACCUGCGGCUGCUAUUUCAAACACAACAAUGCCUGCAGGAGUAGCGCCUGCCAUGGUACCAACACUGGUAUCUGUUCCUACCCUAACUAACAUUGCCACCGUUGCAGAUUUAACAGAUGCAGCAACUAAUACGACCUUAACUACUGCAACAGGAUCUAUAGCAAAAUUAACAGACGACAAUGAAACACAAACUUAAGUAGUUAUUUAAUAUUUUUCAUUACACUUAAGUGUAUGCAAUAACUCUUCCUAAUCGAACCCCGAAUAAAAACUAUUUUUAUAAUAAACUAUAUAUUUUAUAUACUAAAA